ACUGCAGUCAUUUGACCCAAUGUGGCUCCGCCACUGUCUCUUAUCCGCCCCUUCCUCCUCAGCUCCUCAUUUACUCCACCGAUAUCUGACUCUUCCACUCCUCCAAGUACUUCUUCGCCUCUUCUUCUCCUCACUCAUCACCGAUCUAAAUCUAGAUCUGUAUACAUAUUCUCAGUUCAUCCAUCUCUUCAAUGGAUUUGUCUGAUUAUCUAUAUGAAUCAUGCAUUCCAGAAACCCAAUGUGUAGAUGGCGCCUACGUCUACUGCUCUGACGACAAGGAGGAUGACGACGUAAUCGUUCUCGAGAAUAACGAGAACGUUGCCGAUGUUGCCCCGGUCAAAGCGAAAGAGGUAAUCGACCUUACCUCUGAAAGUGACUAUGUUAUUCAUCUGGAGAGCGAGGAGGUUGAGGUCAUACUUCUUGAAACUGAUACUGAUGGCACAGAGGGAUCUGAUAUCACUCCAACUAAGAAUUCUUCCCAGAUCUACUCAUGCAUGCACCUCCACAUUGAUAUGUUGAACAUCUUACUUCCCAGACCAGACCCUAAUUUUUGGGCUUCGUAGUACAAGUAGGGAAGUACUUUUACAUCCUUUGUCUGCAUUCCUUUCGUUAUGUGAUGAGUUAUUGUGCCUGCGCAAUAUUUAAUUUGAUGUUGUGAUUGUAUCAUAAUGUGAUGUUUUCCCAAUCUAUGAUGACUGGAUUUAUUCUACCUGGUCUGAGAAAGGAUUAGGUGCUGUGAUGAGCAAUUGAUGAAAUGUGGAUGUUUCUGAGUACU